AUGGAUGGAACCAAUGACAGCUCCCCAAACCAUUUCAUCCUUUUGGGGUUUUCUGACCGCCCCCAUCUGGAGAGAAUACUCUUUCUGGUCCUCUUGAUCGCAUAUCUCCUCACCCUAGUAGGCAAUACCACCAUCAUCCUGGUAUCCCGGCUGGAUCCCCAUCUUCACACCCCCAUGUACUUCUUCCUCACCCACCUCUCCUUCUUGGACCUCAGUUUCACCACCAGCUCCAUACCCCAGCUGCUCUACAAUCUUCAUGGACGUGAUAAGACCAUCAGCUAUGUAGGCUGUGCCAUCCAGCUUUUCCUGUUCUUGGGUCUGGGAGGUGUGGAGUGCCUGCUCCUGGCUGUCAUGGCAUAUGACCGAUUUGUUGCUGUCUGCAGGCCCCUACACUACAUGACUGUUAUGCAUCCACAGCUCUGUCUGGGUUUAGUGUCCCUUGCUUGGGGCUGUGGAGUGGCCAACUCUUUGAUCAUGUCUCCAAUGACAUUGUGGUUGCCUCGCUGUGGGUACCACAAGGUGGACCACUUCCUGUGUGAGAUGCCAGCCCUGAUACGGAUGGCCUGCAUCAACACAGCUGCUGUUGAAGGCAUAGCCUUUAUUCUGGCAGUGGGUAUUGUGCUGUCACCCUUGAUGUUUAUUUUGGUAUCUUAUGGUUACAUAGUGAGGGCUGUGUUAAGUAUCCAGUCAUCUUCAGGAAGACACAAAGUCUUCAACACUUGUGGCUCCCAUCUCACUGUGGUCUCACUUUUCUAUGGAAAUAUCAUCUACAUGUACAUGCAACCAGGAACUAGGUCCUCCAAGGACCAGGGAAAAUUCCUCACCCUGUUUUACAACAUUGUCACACCACUCCUUAAUCCUCUCAUCUAUACUCUCAGAAACAAAGAAGUGAAAGGGGCAUUGAGAAGAUUGAUUUGGGGAAAUUCAAGUUUCAGAAAGAAAUUAUAG